CACUUUUCCCUCUUAACACAUUUCCCUCUUGAAUCAUCAGCGGAUCUGUUGCAGGUCCUGGAGGAGAAUAACAGUGUUUCAACGCAAUAUGGAGAGCUGUCACUGUUUGCUGCUGCUGUGCAUGCUAAGUUUGGCCCUGUUCUCCAGAGAGGCAACAGGACAUGAUGACGACCUUGUCGGCUUCCUGAGGAGUAUCCUUUCUGGGCUACAAGUGAGAGACGAGCAUUUUACCAUCAACAAAGUCUUUGGGAUAAACUCACUCAGGGAGGUGGGACGCCCUGCGGCCGGCUCAAUCUCUCAGCAAAGCAAAAUCAAGCCAGUCAAUUGGGAAACAAACGGGGCACCUGGACCCCUGGUGGUGACCAAAGACGGCCAGAUCAAGGGGGUUACAGUGGACAAGGCCCAUAUUUUCUAUGGGAUACCGUAUGCAGACCCCCCGGUUGGGGCUUACCGUUGGAAGCCCCCCAGACCCGUGAGUCCCUGGCCAGGGGUUUAUGAUGCCUCCUUCCCCAGGGCAUCAUGCAUGCAGGCCUGCAGUGGACCCAUGACUGAAGAGUGUCCUCGAAUAGUGAGCGAGGACUGUCUCUACCUCAACGUCUUUGUCCCUCUGGAUGUGGACUUCAGCUGUCCACUGGUGGCCCCUCUGCCCGUCAUGGUGUGGAUCCAUGGUGGGGAUUUCAUCGCUGGCUCUGCCUCCAAGCCGCUGUAUGACGGGCGCUUCCUCAGCAAUGCCACCAAAAGUGUCGUUGUGAGUCUGGAGUAUCGACUGGGCGCUUUUGGGUUUCUCGUAUCGGGCAAAGACGCCCACUCAGCUGUUGGGAAUUAUGGGAUCUUGGAUCAGCAGGCUGCUCUUCUUUGGGUCCAGCGCAGUAUUGCAGUGUUUGGAGGAGAUCCCAGCAAGGUGACAAUAUUUGGGGAGAGUGCAGGUGCUCAGUCAGUAAGUCUUCACCUGAUGAUCCAGAGCAGCAAGCCCCUGUUCAAACAGGCCGUCCUGCAAAGCCUCCCAUUCUCUAUCCCCCUGAAGAGCAGACACGACGCAUUGAAGCUGGGGAAAGACUUUGCCAAACAGACAAACUGCUCUGUGAGCGACAUCGUCUGCCUGCUGUCUCUCGCUCCUCAGGCCGUCCUGGCCGCCCAGAUGAAAACAAGUUCCAAGGUUGUGAACCCGUUCAGGUUCCUUGAGGUCUUUGAGACGUGGGGUCCUUUUAUCGAUGGGGAGUUCAUAAAAGAGCAAGCUGUCACUGCAUUCCUGAAGGGCCACUGGCAGAAGGAGAAGCCAGUGCUGCUGGGUACGACUUCAGAAGAGGGGGUGAUCUUUGCGUACGGAGUCUUCAAUAAGCCGGUCUCCGCAUUGGAGAGCGCUGUCUACGUCACCGCCAUCUUUAAACAACACGCACUGCGGAUCCUGCACAAGUACCUGCCCCUGUACAGGGAUGCUGACCGCAGGGGUAUGCUAGCUCAGAUUGUCACGGACUACGUCUUCCUUUGUCCAUCCAGGAGCUCGGCACGUGCCGGCACAGCAACUGGCAGCCAAGUGUGGAUGUACACGUUUGACCACGUAGCAUCAGACCCUCGCGUGUGGUCCGGCCUGACUUUCUGCUAUGAGCACGCCUGUCACGGCGCCGAGCUGCCCUUUCUCUUUGGCUCUGCUUCGGUGGCCAACUUCACGCUGUCAUUAUCAGAGAAGCUUCUGUCCAAUCGGAUGCUGUGUUACUGGGGCGCCUUUGCACACACUGGUGACCCUUCCUCACGGGCCCAACAGACAACUUUCUGCCACCAGCAGCGUCUGCCAGUUUGGCCGCGCUAUGCCGACACCAGCAGCUGGCUAGUCAUGAACCUGACGGUGCGUUCACAUGCACAAGUGGGAACCAGAGACCAUAUAUGUGACUUCUGGGACCAUCUUGGCAUCUAUUAUUGAGAGGUAGUGGUGUAACGGAUUAUUGUCGGACCACACAGAUCCGUGGUUUUAUUACACAGUUUACCUUGUGUAAUAUAAAGUUUUACUGAUUGUGUUAUCGGCCACAUCUAGUAAACCAUAGCGUUAUUAUGUGUUCACAUCUGGUCUCGUAAAAUGUAGUUUUAGUGGGAGAUUUUUUCUUAGCUACAUAGAUUGUUAGAUGUUACAUUAAAACUACUAAUGACAAGAUUUGUUUUAAUCAAUGAAAAUAUAAAUCAUCAUUUUAUUUGUGUGCCUCCUUUGAAAUAACAUUUUUCUUUAACAACGUAAAAGGAUAACAUUAAGAAUUAUCCUAUCCUCUCUUCAAAAGAACAAAUGUCCUUAUUAAUCUAAAAAAUAUGAACUUUCUGUUAUCUUCUAUUGUUCACCAGUAGGUUGUGCCUCUCCGGUCAGAGCCACAAAGAUACCCUUAAUCAUAAAGUACGUCCCAUUCAACCUGAACACGAGUUUACAGUGACUACCACCUCCAAGCCUCAAAAGCUUUAAAAUGUGGUGUGAAUAUAGAGGCAUCUGUUGGCACAAUUUAUCAAAAUAAAUUUGCCAAAAAGUAGUGUAACUUAGACUUGAGAAAAGGGUCAGUUUUCAACAGCAAGUAAAAAAAGCAAGUAAAAUGAAUUGAGGUGGAGGUGAACUGUGUGUUUCUGUUCAACUUCAAUUGUAUGUAUUGAUGUAAACCUCCUGUAUGCGGCAGGUGCGGGUCUAAUUGUCCAAAUACUCAUAACUAACUGAUUUUAUUUUAGGUCUCAAUCCCAGAGCUCAUGUCUAACAUGCAAUAUUCUUGUGCAUAAUGUAUGUCCAAGGUAAGAUGUGUUUUAUUAAAAUGCUUAAUUUCUCAUCAGUGGAACUUUUAUUGAAAGGCAGAUUUAGGGGUA